AUGGCGACUGCGACCUCAACCACAGCGGCGUCCACGCCUAAGGAGCUGGCGCAACAGAUCCUCGAGCACAGAGCACCCACCUACACAUUCACAUUCAGUCCCUUCCUACGCAAGACGUACGGCCACGGCCUGGCACCAAAUAGACCGGUAUGCAAAGCCUUUGCAGCGACGGGGGCCUGCCCACUGGGGACCGACUGCCCAGACCGGCACGAGGCGCCCAACGCGGCGUCAAGCACCAACGCCUCGUACAACAGCCUCGUAUGCAAGCACUGGCUGCGCGCGCUGUGCAAAAAGGGCGAGUCGUGCGAGUUCUUGCACGAGUACAACCUGCGCAAGAUGCCCGAGUGCAACUUCUUUGUGCGCAACGGUUACUGCUCCAACGGCGACGAGUGCCUCUACCUGCACAUUGACCCCCAGAGCAAGCUCCCGCCCUGCCCGCACUACGACAUGGGCUUCUGCCCCCUCGGCCCCAACUGCAGCAAGAAGCACGUCCGCCGCACCCUCUGCCCUUACUACCUCGCCGGCUUCUGCCCCGACGGCAAGCAGUGCACCGAGGGCGCCCACGCGCGCUGGAGCAAGAACCUCGAGCGACCUGUUCCCAAAAGCGAAAAGGCGGCCGAGGACGAGGCCGCCAGGCGGGAGCGUGAGGAGCAGGCCUUUGCUGCCGGCGGGGACGAUGAUGGUGGGUUCCGCAGAGGUGACCGGGAUGACAAGGACGACGGCAGAGGCUUCCGUGGCGGUAGGGGCCGUGGCGGUUGGAAACCCAGGGGAAGAGGCUUUGGUAGGGGCCGAGGUCAUCGCUAA